AUGCUGGGCGUCUCCACCGGCCAGCUUUUGGUCAUCCUCGGGGCCUGCUCCGUGAUGAUGAAGUCCAGUGACAUGAUCAAGAUGGCAAGGGUGGCAGGGAGGAUGACCGGGAGAGCGGUCGGUCGCCUCAUGCUCUACCGCCGGCAGAUGGACGACAUCUUCGAGCAGACUGCAGCGAAGAAGAUUAAUACAGAGCUUCAAGAUGCUAUGUCAAAGUUACAAUCAAUUGGUUAUGAAGUUCAGAACUUAUCUAGAAUAACUCCUGGCCAGUUUAUCAAAAGGCAGCACAACACAGAGAGCAUGACUGAAGCAGGAACAUCUGAUAGUUCUGCAACUCAGUCCGGAGAAUUUCGUGAUGAUAUUCGCAGUAUAAUUCGUGAUGAAAUUGAGAGCUUUUGUAGAAAAAAUCCUGAUCAAUUUACCAGGAGGUUAAAUAAUCCUGACGGAAUUCAGAACUCUGAACAAACAGCUGAAGCUACACAAUUCGAUGUAACUAGUAAAUUUGCAAUGACAUCUAAGGACAUGGAAUCAGCGAAUACAAGCUCUACAAAUCUGCACAGCCAAGCAAUGAUGUAUUCCAAGCUAAGUGUAUCCCCAGGAAUUAAGAUGAGUUCUUCCAUGAGUGUGAGUAAUGGAGAACAAUUCAAAGAGAGCAAUGGACUGCUAAAUGUACUCCCAAUAUCAGCUGAAAGUGCUGGAUUGCUUCCGAAAUACACAGGUGAGCCAAAAGGUUCAGAUAUACUCCUGGAGGCUGUGCUUGAAGCAGAGGUUGCAGAGAACGCUAAAUUUUUCGUCUCCCAGCCUCAUGAUCAGUUGCCCAAGGAGUAA